GUGGAGUUGUUGACGGAGAGAGAGGAGGAGGAAGACUGGCACUGAGUAGACACAGAAGAGAAAGCAAGAGUUUGGGGGAGAAAAAUAGCACUUAAGUUGGAGAAUAUACCACAAAAUACAGCAUGGCGUCGGGGGACACCCUGUACAUAGAGGCGGACGGGACCGAAAUGCCAGCCGAGAUCGUGGAACUGCACGAAAUUGAAGUAGAAACAAUCGAGACCACAGUAGUUGGAGAAGACGGCGAACACCAGCCUAUGAUCGCCUUACAGCCGCUUGACACGGACGAUCCGCACUCGAUUCACUCGCACCAGGAGGUGAUUCUGGUGCAAACGAGAGAGGAGGUCGUGGGCGAGGACGACUCCGAACUGCACACAGAUGACGGUUACGAGGACCAAAUCCUUAUACCAGUGCCCGCCGUGGAGGAGGACUAUAUCGAGCAGACUCUGGUUACUGUGGCCGGGAGAAGCUCGUCUACAGGCCGGAUGAGAAAAUCUGGAACUGGGAAGAAAGCGGGCAAAAAGAGCUACCUGAGUGCUGGGGAAAUGGGCCGACGGUGGGAACAGAAGCAGGUCCAGAUAAAGACUUUGGAGGGGGAGUUUUCGGUCACUAUGUGGGCUUCGGAUGACAAGAAGGACAUAGAUCACGAGGAGCAAAUCAUAGGAGAGAACUCGCCUCCAGAUUAUUCAGAGUACAUGACCGGGAAGAAGCUGCCUCCUGGAGGCAUCCCUGGCAUCGAUCUCUCAGACCCCAAACAGCUGGCAGAGUUUGCACGAAUGAAGCCAAAAAAAGUAAAAGAAGACGACGCACCGCGGACGAUAGCAUGUCCACACAAAGGAUGCACCAAGAUGUUCAGGGACAACUCGGCAAUGAGGAAGCACUUGCACACCCACGGGCCUCGCGUGCACGUCUGUGCAGAGUGUGGCAAAGCCUUCGUGGAGAGUUCUAAACUGAAGAGGCAUCAACUUGUACACACAGGAGAGAAACCUUUCCAGUGCACGUUCGAGGGCUGUGGUAAGCGGUUCUCUUUGGACUUUAACUUGCGCACACACGUGCGCAUUCACACUGGAGAUCGCCCGUACGUGUGCCCCUUUGACGGCUGCAACAAAAAGUUUGCCCAGUCGACCAACCUGAAGUCUCACAUCCUCACACACGCCAAAGCCAAAAACAACCAGUGAGACUGAAGACUUGACAUGCAUUUCUGCUCCACGACAAACAAAAGCCCCAGUGGCCUGCUUAACGAGAAGUCCUGUUCACAUGGGUCUCCAGAUACAGAUUUAAACGGAGAAAACGGCCUUUUCUCAAAUGUGUUGAUGUACAUUCACAGAGGGGGUUUGAACAACACAGGAACUUGUGAGAAGCCUGACUCCCUCAGGCCGCCAACCCAACUUUGACGCUACCUGGACGGAACAGUUAAAAGGUUUCUUCUUGUGAAGAUGUUAAUUCACGGAUCUGCACCACAAAAACAUAUUUAUACCUUAAUACAGCCAGCUAACAGGUUUUUGCAGAACAAGUCAAAUUUGCAUUGCUCCUUGGCAAUGACACCUUUUCAAUUUUGUACUUCUCCCUAUGUGUGCAUAUUGUACACUAUUUGACAUGAGCUCUGUUGUACGUGUGUGUAGUUCAUCCUAUUUGUUUUACCCCCCCCCUUUUGUGUGGGUGUGUCUCAAGGGCAGAUUGGGUGGUCUUUGCAUAUAUUUUCGUUUUGUACAAUGCAAUAUCAGAAGAUUUGUGUAGAUAAAGGCAAUGUAAUUUUCAAUAGCUGUCACUGAUUAAAAUGUUUUUCCCUUGCA